AUGGACUAUCGGAUGCAGAGGCAAGAAGGUUGCGAAUCAUUGCAUCUAAAGCUUCUAAUCCUGAAAGUAUUCCGAAUGAUUGUUGUUAUUUUCAGGGGCUACAGAGAGUACAAUGUGACCACUUACCUAGCCGAUCGAGGGAUCACCAUCUUAGGAAACCUUGAAAUGUCCAAAUACUGGAAUGCCUCAUUUCUGGCUGAUUCUGUCGACAAUCUCAGCAAAAUAUGUCGAGUGAUUCUGCCUCUGUUGGGUAAUCAACUAUCUGACUAUGUAUUAUUUCUUGAUGCAAUGAAUACAACGGGACAUUUGACUCCUGAGUAUAGCAUACUUAUUGUAUUCUGGGAUUAUCAGGUGUGGAGAAUAAGAGAUGCUAAAUGCAUGGAUAAUCUCUCUGUUUAUUUGCUAUGACU